AUGCGCGGGGAAGGAGUCACGCCUGAUGGUUGGUAGCGCAGUUUCCGCUUGGCGAAGGGGAAAGAGCAGCAGCAGCGUCUUGACUCGUGCACACGAGCCAUUUUUUUUAACUUCCUUUCUAUCUUUUUUCUGCAUUAUCGAUGGACACGUCCGUCGGUUACCACGCUACCUCGGAGACGUCGGCGGCUGGAACGAUGGUUUCGACCAACCAGCCGAGAAAGACAAAGAUAUUCGUGGGUCGGUUGCCAGAAAAUUGUCGCAACGACGAGUUGCGACAAUUGUUCUUGCGUUUCGGCGAGGUGACGGAGUGCGAUGUCAUGAAUCGAUACGGUUUCGUCCAUAUGGCACGGGAGGAGGAUGCAGCGGCGGCGAUUAAAGCGUUACACAACUCCAACUUCAAAGGUGCGACGAUCAACGUGGAACAGUCAACCGGCAAGUCACGCGGAGGUGGAGGAGGACGCCGAGACGGAGACAGAAGAGGUGGACCAAUGAGAGGUGGUAGGGGGGGACGAGACGGUGGUAGAGACGCUCGUCCUGGACCAUACAAUGAUAGAAGAGUUCUUCCGAUCCAACUCGUUGGUUACGAUGGAUCUGCUGCAGGUGGCGUCGCAACCGGGUACACUGAUUACAACCGUGGAGCUGGCGACUUUAGCGGCCGUGGGGCGGACUUCAGCACCGGCUACGCCGACCGUGGGGCAUACGGCCAGAACGUGGGUGGCGCGGCGAUGGGUUACACCUCAACAGCACCCGGGAUGGGAGGUGGAUACGGACCAGCAACCGGCGCUGUGGGAGGAUAUGGGCCGACUGGUGCGGCGGACUACGGACGUACAGCUGACUAUGGUCGCGCAGACUUUGGCGCUAGAACAGACUAUGGUAAUUGCGAUGUAGUUGGUGGUGGCAUGGCUGGAGAUUUCAAUCGGGGUGCACCCGGUCCGGUAGAUUACGGACGUACUGAUAAUUUUGGUGCCAGUCGCACAGUUGAUUACACAGCUCGGAAUGAUUAUGACCGAAGUGCGACUGGACCGAUGAGAAACGGUGGUGGUGCGGUAGCCACUACUGGGUAUGGAACUGGGUACACUGAUGUGGGAUAUGAUGAAAGCCACUGGCCAAUGAGUACUGGACCCAGCUAUAGCACUGGGGCACCCAGUUACAGUACUGGUCCAGGACCACAAGCAGACAUGUUUAAUAGAAGACCUGGCAGUGCCGUCCCUAGUGGUGGCUACCCACCGGUAGCUGGCGGUUAUGCCGAGGGAUAUGACAGACCAGAUGCAUAUGGUCCUCCACGUGGCGGCGGACGCUUCCCAGGUCCGGCAGACGCGAUGCCACCGAGGUACUAAAAGCUUGUACUAAAAGCGAACGCUAGCGCAUGCGAAAGGGAACCAUUUAAAAAAAAAAAACAAACACACAAAAUGAAAGAAAAAAAAAAGACUUUUUAGUGCUGUCAUUUCGCUUACGGAUUCGAUUACACCUAGGAACUGCCCUCUGCGUCCGACAUAUAGAGUCCGUAUUAAUAAUAAUAAUGAGAAUACAUAUACAUAUAUGACACACAUAUAUAUAUAUAUAUAUAUAUAUAUAUAUACAUAUAUACAUACAUAUAUAUAUAUAUUGUUUAAUCGUAUUUCGUAAGAGAUAUGGUAAGAGAAAAAAAAAUACGAGAUAUCAGUGGGAAUAAUAUAAAUAAUGAAUCGUCGAUUCAGUCACUAGGUCUGUAUCGAGAGAUACGCUCUAUGGGUUUACAAAAAUUUAUACAUAUAAAUUGUAAUCAACGAUAUAAAUUCAUUGUAUCAGCCCAUCGUGUGUGUGUAUGCAGAGAAGCAGCAAUUUUUUCGGCAUUAUUACAGUUACUUUUUCGUGCAACUUACGUUCAUAAGUUUCCGUUUUUUUUUUUGUUUAUUCUUUCUUUUUUAUUUCUCCUUCUCUAUGACUAAGUAAAAAUCCUAACGUUCUGAUUUCUCUCCAACGGUGGGUGUGUGGGUAUAUUCUUUUUAAUUAUAAUUCGUAAUUCUCUUAAAGCCCAUGCUCUGUAAGAUAGAAGAUUUUGUUCUACUCUGUUAGCGUUAAUUCCACUUGGACUUAGACUAUUACAAGAACGCUGUGUAAUCCCAUUUUUUUUUUUUUUACGUAUAAGAACUUUUCGCAUAAGAGAAAUGUUUUAAAUGUUCAUUAAUAAAGCAACAGAGAAACGUACAUAACGGCAGUUGUCGAUGUAUCUUUAUUCAGAGCAAAUAAAGCACAAGCGUGUGUCCUAAUCUUUGCAAGGUUUCUGAUAAUAUGAUGUAAUUCAUUUCGUCUUUUUCCAGUCACUUGGUACGUGUGUAGUACAAUAUCAAUAGAGUUUAACUAUUCAUCAACUCCGCAAAAGUGUAAUUACAAAUUACAGAAGGAAAAAAAAACGUUGCUCCAUCCAUCGGUAUUAUCUUGCUCUAACGCGACACACGAGCCAAAAGUGUUCGCCACUUUGCUUCAAAAACGUUUGCAUUCAUCUCUCUCUUUUUCUUACCUCCCUCAUCGUUAUGCGAUGAUUUCAAUUAUUUACACGAAAAACAUCAAAAGUACAAAGUUCUCUACCUUGACAUCAUAGCGAACGCUAAUUCAGUUUCUUCGUAGAAGAGAGGUCGAGCUUUAGCAGCGACAUCAGGUAGAACGUAGAGUCGCCCAUCCAAUUAUCAAUUCGCGCACAUUCAUAGGAGAGCGAACAGAAGAGAGCAAUUAGUUGCUAAUCAGCGUGCGCGCCAAUCAUGCCACUUAAUGUGAAUUCUUAAUUCGACGACGUUGUGCAUUGUGAUCUUGAUCUUGAUAUAUAUAUAUAUAUA